AUGUUUCCUCGAACAGUCGGACGGUCUAUUAUCGAUAUCGGUACCGGGGGCACCGCCCUUGCCAUGGGAACCUCGAAGAAGUAUAAUAACAACAUCGAUAAGACCGACAGAGAUCACAAAGAACUCGCCCCGAACGUUCAGGACCAACUACGCGACGAAAACGUGUACGGAAUGGUUGUCACCCACGAAACGGACACCUUACCUGAGCUUGCUGCUUUCAUGAGCUUCACCUUACAAUCCGAGAAGCCCGCCGUCAUUACAGACGCGAUAAGACCAUCGACGGAACGCACCGCGGAUGGUUUUGCCAACCUUCAAGACGGUCUUGUCGUCGCUCAACAAGGUCACAAGUACUGGUGCAUGGUCGUCUUUCAGCAGAAGAUUCUCUCAGGCAUGUACGUUUUCAAAUCCGACUUCAAGUCCCUCGAUGCAUUCAGUGCAGCCAAGCCAGGACAACUAGGAUUUGUCGACUCUCACACAGUGUACUUUUUCCAUCCCCCGGCCGCACAAAUAGGCCCUCCCAUGCAUUUUCGGGCUUCAUUCGAGGCUCCAGAUAUGGAGACGGUUACCGGGCUGCCUGCAGAUGGGCCAUGA